CGGAAAAUCGAUUUUUAUCCUUAAUCUAAACGGCAGAAAACGAUUUGCGUAAGAAAAGCAGCAGCCAGCAAACAGUACCACCGUUGAAAAACAACACCCAGAAAGCAAACAAACCCCCUUUGGUACGGGUUAUUCACGGGCGAAGUGCAUCUGGGGUUUCACUAGAGCGGAGGAGGCUGUGUGUUGCUAAGCAAUCACCUAUGCAUUCGUUGGUGGCUGGCUGGUUGAACCGCUUUACAUAAAACAAAGCCUCCCAGUGUAAGGGCACCAAUCGCUUCUCGGUUCAUAAGUGACGACACAUACAGCACAGCAUUCGCCGACGUGGUCGUUUCCGGUCGCAUAGCAAAGACAAGAGUGAUUGUGUAGUUCAAAAAGCGGGUGGUAUUUCAGUGCGGGAAACGCUACAUACUUGAAGGGGCGAACCGUGUGUGUGUGAGAGAGGUGAAGAACAGUGCUAUUUGCAUCAUCUGCAUCCAAGAUGGCACCGGUACGUGGGGAUGGUAUGCGCGGACUGGCGGUGUUUAUAUCGGACAUCAGAAACUGCAAAAGCAAAGAGGCGGAAAUCAAGCGCAUUAACAAGGAGCUGGCCAACAUUAGGAGCAAAUUCAAAGGGGACAAAACGCUAGACGGUUAUCAGAAGAAGAAGUACGUCUGUAAGCUGCUGUUUAUCUUUCUGCUCGGCCAUGACAUCGAUUUCGGUCACAUGGAGGCGGUUAAUCUGCUUUCCUCCAACAAAUACUCGGAGAAACAAAUCGGUUAUCUGUUCAUUUCGGUGCUGGUGAACACGAACAGCGAUCUGAUUAAGCUCAUCAUCCAAAGCAUCAAGAAUGAUCUGCAGUCGCGGAACCCGAUCCACGUGAAUCUGGCAUUGCAGUGCAUUGCGAAUAUCGGCAGCCGGGAUAUGGCGGAAGCGUUCUCGAACGAGAUCCCGAAGCUGCUCGUUUCGGGCGAUACAAUGGAUGUGGUGAAGCAAUCGGCUGCGCUGUGUCUGUUGCGUCUGUUCCGCACCUGUCCGGAUAUUAUCCCGGGUGGUGAAUGGACUAGCCGCAUCAUUCAUCUGCUGAACGAUCAACAUAUGGGUGUGGUAACGGCGGCGACCAGCUUGAUCGAUGCGCUGGUAAAGAAGAACCCGGAGGAGUAUAAGGGAUGCGUCAGCUUGGCGGUCUCGCGCCUUUCGCGUAUCGUGACCGCGUCCUACACAGAUCUGCAGGACUACACGUACUACUUCGUGCCGGCUCCGUGGCUGUCGGUGAAGCUGUUGCGCUUGCUGCAAAACUAUAACCCACCGACGGAGGAUCCGGGUGUGCGUGGCCGGUUGAACGAGUGCUUGGAGACAAUCCUGAACAAGGCGCAGGAACCACCGAAAAGCAAGAAGGUGCAGCACUCGAACGCGAAAAAUGCGGUCCUGUUUGAGGCGAUCAAUCUGAUCAUACACAAUGACAGUGAGCCUAGUUUGCUGGUGCGCGCCUGCAACCAGCUCGGCCAGUUCCUCAGCAACCGUGAAACGAACCUACGCUAUCUGGCGCUGGAAUCAAUGUGCCAUCUGGCGACGUCCGAGUUUUCGCACGAAGCCGUCAAGAAGCACCAGGAGGUGGUGAUCCUGUCGAUGAAGAUGGAGAAGGAUGUGUCGGUGCGCCAGCAGGCGGUCGAUCUGCUGUACGCGAUGUGCGAUCGCUCGAACGCGGAAGAAAUCGUGCAGGAGAUGCUGAACUAUCUGGAGACGGCGGAUUAUUCAAUCCGCGAGGAGAUGGUACUGAAGGUGGCUAUUCUGGCGGAAAAGUAUGCUACGGACUACACCUGGUACGUGGACGUGAUCCUGAACCUGAUUCGAAUUGCGGGCGAUUACGUGUCGGAGGAGGUCUGGUACCGUGUGAUCCAGAUCGUGAUUAACCGCGAGGAGGUACAGGGUUACGCGGCAAAGACCGUGUUCGAAGCACUGCAGGCACCGGCUUGUCACGAGAAUAUGGUCAAGGUGGGCGGGUACAUUUUGGGCGAGUUUGGAAAUUUGAUCGCGGGCGAUUCACGCUCGGCACCGAUGGUACAGUUUAAGCUGCUCCACUCGAAAUAUCAUCUGUGCUCGUCGAUGACGCGCGCCCUGCUGCUGUCGACGUACAUUAAGUUCAUCAAUCUGUUUCCGGAAAUCCGCGGCACCAUUCAGGACGUGUUUCGGCAGCACAGCAAUCUACGUUCGGCCGAUGCCGAAUUGCAGCAGCGAGCGAGUGAGUACUUGCAGUUGAGUAUUGUCGCUUCCACCGACGUGUUGGCAACCGUGCUGGAGGAGAUGCCAUCGUUCCCGGAACGUGAAAGCUCCAUACUUGCGGUGCUGAAGAAGAAAAAACCGGGCCGUGUGCCGGAAAAUGCGGAAAUCCGUGAUAACAAAAGCCCGGUACCGAACAGUCAUAAUGCUCACAACAAUGCUCAAACUAAUCACACUUCCAGUGCGAACAACGCAAAUGCUAGUUCAGAUUUGCUCGGACUCAGCACACCACCGGCCAGCCAAUCUGGUACACUGAUCGAUGUGCUGGGUGACAUCUACAGCACAACCAACGGCAACAGCAGUGUGGUUAAUAAUUCCAAAAAAUUCGUUUUCAAAAACAAUGGUGUCCUGUUCGAAAACGAUCUGCUACAGAUCGGUGUAAAGAGUGAGUUCCGCCAGAACCUUGGUCGGUUGGGUCUGUAUUAUGGUAACAAAACGCAAACGGCACUGCAAAACUUCGUACCCACGCUGCAGUGGUCGGCCGAGGAUGCGCUGAAGCUGAAUGUACAGAUAAAGGCCGUGGAACCGACGCUUGAAGCGGGCGCCCAGAUUCAACAGCUGCUUACGGCGGAAUGUAUCGAUCACUAUCUCGGUGCACCGUCGAUCGUUAUUUCGUUCCGAGUGAGCGGUGGUGCGCAGCAAAAGAUUACGGUUAAUCUUCCACUGACGAUCAACAAGUUCUUCGAACCGACGGAGAUGAAUGCGGAAUCGUUCUUUGCCCGGUGGAGGAAUCUUGGCGGUGAGCAACAAAGAGCGCAACGUGUAUUUAAGGCAAUGCAACCGCUCGAUUUGCCGGGCGCGCGCAAUAAGCUGACCGGAUUCGGAAUGCAGCUGCUCGAUAGCAUUGAUCCAAACCCGGACAAUAUGGUUUGUGCCGGUAUCAUCCACACGCAGGCCCAUAAAGUGGGAUGUUUGCUACGUUUGGAACCGAACAAACAGGCCCAGAUGUUCCGUCUGACUAUACGAUCCAGCUUAGAAGCGGUGACAUCAGAAAUAUGCGAUCUGUUGGUGGAUCAGUUUUAAAUGUAAUUCCGCCCCUCCCCAUUAUCCCAUAAUCGCAAACCUACUGGUAAGAGUAUCAACAACAUCGCACUGUCGAGGGUAUGGUGCAGCUGUCGUGAAAGCCUUGCUACCGUAUCGUUGUGCGGUACUACCGUUGCAUAAAUUAAUCAAUAUGAAUGAAAUAGAGUACAGACUUGAGAUAUAUUGGUGCCCAAGGCAAAGUUGCAUCGAUGUGUAAAAGUAUAUAUAUAUAUACAUCUGAUGAUAUGGUGGUCAGUAUGUAAGAGGAGAAUAAUGCCAUAAGAGCAGUAGCUGAAUCUGGUAUGGCAGUUGGUGGUUGACAACACCAUGACAAGAUCCAAUGAGCGUUAGCUCUACCUGUCCAAGGUUUUGCUGAGAUGUCCUGACCGAGAUGUGUUGCGCAGCGAAUAAGUUAUCUUGUUCAUUACAUGUUUAAUCGUACUGGAUGGAAGUCGAUCUGUGUGGUACAUAGCAACGAUGUAUGUACGACUCAAGACAGAUACGCUCUAUCUCUAGUGGACUGGAGUAAUUCGAAAGCCAAAGCUUCCGUGCAAGUAAGAUAAUAGGGAAAUUGACAUUAAAAUUGCAUGUUAGGUGGAUCAAUGGUUAUAAAGGUAAUCGACAUCACGGAUAUGAUCAAUCGUCUCUUUACUGCCGAAUGGUGACCCAAUCCUCCCCCAUCAAAAACGUAUCAUUCGACCAUUAGAAUGGCGGUUAGACAACGAGAGAGAAAGAGAGAGAUAGUGGAAAGCGAAAUUAAAACUAUUAAAUCAAACUAUAUAAUUAUCUAUUUGAACUUAAACUUAAAACAGCAAAAGUGUUGUUUGCAAAGGUGGAACAGAUUUGCUUUCACUGGAUUUCCAGUCCUCCCACUGACUUCUGGUGUUCGUAUUCGAGACGAUGACAAAAGGAGUCAUAAGAAGUAAUCUCAAACGAUAAAGGGCGAAUAAAUGACAAAAGCUAGUAGUCGUUAUGAAACGUUCCACGGACGGAUAUGUGUGCCCCCGGGGGGGGUUUAGAAGGAACGCAUAAUCUUUCAACCAUAUUUGCGAAGCCGGUAGUAAGACGUCGACAUCGAAAUUGAUGGUGAGAAGGACCAGAAUAGUUUCAAUCUGCUGUAGUAGAAACGAAAACAAAACAAGGCACGGCGCACGAGCUAAAUCAAUGUAGAUAAAUCUUCCUGAAAAAUGGGCGAACGCUUUCAUGUGUUUGAUGUAAUUUACGUGAAGCAUCAUUAGCCAGCAUAUACUACGAAACUAAACUAUUAGUGUGCAAAGAAGGAAAAAUGCGAUGCUGAGCACUAUUGCCAGUAGUAGCGAGUGAACUUUUUUUUGUUCAUAGUGUUCUUAUUACAACAUGUUCCAGUUUCACUCCCUGUUUCGUAAACACGCCGGAAGGGAACAGGGGUUGUAAUAAUUGACAUAAAAAUAGAUUGAUUUUGGGAAGAAACAAAGUGAGAGAUACAGAGAGAGGAUGAAAGAGAGAGAAAGGAAGAGAAAGAGAGAGAGAGAGAAAGAGAAAAGAGAAUUUAAAGGACACUAGAAUGCGCAUCAUGGCAAAGUUAAGCUGCACAAAAUGAAAAAAAUCGGUAUUUUUUCCGUUUCCGCGAUUGGUCGUUUGUGUUACUGUAGGAUUUGCUUUCGGUGAGCAUCUUUCAGGCAGAACGUCUCUAUAUAAAGUGUAUGUAUGGUUUGCUAAUUUUCUUAUUGUUUGUUCGCGUAUACGAUUCCCCCCGCCCAGAGCCAAGGGAAAGGUAUAAAUGGUCGUGCAAUAGAAAAGGAUCGUUUACGUUGUGAACGUGACCGAUUAAGAUGUUUGUGACGCGAAAUGAAAAGAAAAUAGUAAGAAAAUUAUGUUUUUAUCGUUGCAAAUAUACAUAUAAUGCACUAAGCAAAGCUGUACAUUGUAGAAAGUUGUAUUUAAAAAAACAAAACAAAAGCAAAACAAACAAGUAAAGCACAGUUAAAAGGAGCUGCUGCACACUAUUACGCGAAGGUGGGACAUAUGUUGGCGACGAGAGCGAAAGGGAACUUAGUAAUCUAAAUUAUAGUGGAAAAGAAUCAUACACACGUUCAUCCUCAUGCUUCUAUGCACAUACCACUUCUUCAAACGCUGUAAAAGAAUUAUGACAAAUGGAUUUUCAUUCGUUCACGACAAGUGACACAAGCGCAGCAAGUGAACGCGCCAGUAACUCUUCAUUCGUAACCGUUUUCAUCUUUUCCUUUUCCUACUAGCAGAUCGCCUAGUCUACCGAACAAGAUAAUAUAUUUAGCUUAAUAUACGCAGGCAUAUUAUUGGCUGGAGGACAUUCCAAAAAGGAAGGAAGGCGAAGGAGUAAAACAAGAUAAACACAUAAAAACAUAAGCAAUCGACCAUUUAAAAUAUAAAAAAACCCGCUGUUCAGGAAAAGGUGUGUGAAGCUUAAUAUGAAUAGUAAAAACAAACAAACAAAAACAUUGUUAUUUGAUGAAAAAGGAAAGCGGAUACUAAAUAAUCGUAAGCUCCUCUUUAUCUCCGCGAUGAGCUACGUCUCGUGGCGGAUGCGAAGGACCAGUAAGACAUCUCUCGCCCCGACGACCCGCACGGGCGUCGCCAUCCGAUGGAUCGUAAGCUGAUCAAUUUGAGGACCGUUUCGCUCUGUUACGAUCCUGUCAGUAAAAGCAACAUGCAUAACGCUAGCAUUAAUGAGUUAUAGGGAUCUGUCAGUGACAACAGCAGGAAAGGGAUGAUAAUCGUAAAAAUACUAUACCAAGAUACCGAUGGAAAGCGAUACAAACAAACAAAAUCCAUUAACUGCGCGAUGAGCAGAGGAAGCUAGGAGAGUGGAUGGAUGAAAGAAAAAAAAAUAAUAUAUUGAAAAUAUACACA